AUCAAGCAGUCAAGUGUCAAACUGUUUGAUCGGCUUUCAAAUUCCUGCUGUUGAUAAAUGAAUUUAUUUUAGCGAAAUUAAUCUGCAAAUAACAGAAAAAUUUACAGUUAUUGAUACUUAACUUUGAAAAUGGUUCGUAUAAUAAGUCAGGAAACGUAUGACGAAGUGGUGCGGGAGAAUAUUGAAGAAUUCGAUAUGGCACCUGAAGAUGCUAUAAAAGAAGCAGUAGCACAAUUUGAAGCUCAGGGUGUGGACUUGUCAAAUAUCAUUCGGGAUUUGAGCCUGGGUGCAGGUGAUAAUCAUUUAGUGAGUGUAACUGUAUCAAAAUUGAAGGAAUUACCAAAAAAUCAUAAUGAAGCAAUAUCAAAGGAACUUGAUGUGUUAAUAGCUGAAUGCAACAAAGACAUAGCACAUAGAGUGAGAGCAGGGAAGGAAGGGGCAUAUAACAUACUUCUAGAAUUAUUAAGUGCCUCCUACAAUUCAUACAUACAAUCACCCAAUGAAAAAGAAGAGAUUGCAUUUCUUAAGAGAGUUUUAGCAAGUUUAAUAGCACUUAUGGACAGUCAGCCGGACUUACUUGAAUCGAAAGGGAUAGAUUUAAUUAAAAGCAUAUUAGAUAAUGUGGAGAACCAGGAAAUAUUGAUAGCAACACUGAAAUGGAUAAGUGUGUGUUGUCUGAAACACGAAAUAAACAGGCAGAAGAUAUUCGCAAAAGACAUUAUUGAGAAUUUAAAAACACUGCUGAAAAUCAAAGGAAACAUAAAGCUAUUGAGCGAAACACUACAAGUAAUCCGACGGCUAACGUUGGACGACGACAUCCGCUUGGAGUUCGGCAAAGCGCACGAGAGGGCGCGAGAGCUCGGCCUGCACUUGCUGGAACCACUGACGCUUCUGUUGAAAGAGAACACAAAGCCGCCGCUGGUCUCGGAGCUGAUGCUGACGUCGGCGAGCCUGCUGGUGCGGCACGAGCUGUGCGCCGCGGUGGCGGAGCGCGGCGGCGACGUGCUGUUUACAGUGCUCGCUGAUAACUUCGAGAACGCCGCUGUGGUUCAGCAGGCUGGGAAGCUAAUAACAGCGCUCGCCGGUAACGAUGAUGUGAAGAGGCAAUUGGUGAAAAGUGGAAUCAUUCCUAUCAUAGUGUCCAUUUUGGCGAGGCAUUCCAGCAAUCCAACAGUCGCGGCGAUAACGUUAAAGUGCAUAGCGGCGCUGUCGCUGCGCGAGUCGGCGCACUCGCGUCAGUUUGUCGACGCGGGCGCGGCCGAGCACGUGGCGCAGUGCAUGCUCAUGCAUCCGGCCGAUAGAUCCGUGCAGAAAAACGGUUGUUGGGCCGUACGGAACAUAGUGGCCAGAUCGCGAGACCUAAACGUGAAAUUCCUAGAAUUAGGCAUAGAGUCAAUACUCAAUAAAGCCUAUGAGCUAUUUUCCAAAGACUUCGGUUACGAUAUAAAGUCCGCCUUGAGAGAUUUAGAGUGCGAUGUGAAAUUGGACGAACAGUGGACCGGUAAAGGCGUGCAGUUGGAACAGUAAACGUGGCGUUUGGAACGCGGCGUCUGGAACGCGGCGUUUGGAACGCCUCGGAAACGCUUGAUGUGCAAUUCAGGUAGCGGCCAUUUGAUCGAAUAUGAAUGUUAUUAAAUUUGUAUGUAUGGACUAUAUUUAAUGAAAAUGGGUGAAUGGGUUCAGAUGAAAUUUUUAUUGAGAGUUUGUCAUUGUAGAUAGAAUUUAUACGAACGCUGUAACGAGGAAAGGUGAUCUUAAAUAAAUAAUAAGAAAAAACCCCGUAAUUGCAAUCACGCUUGAAUUGCCUCAUGAUUUUCGAUGUACUUUCAUGUAUCUAAACAAUGAAAUGCUUUUUAUUUCGAAAAAUAUUUUUGCUCGACAGGAAAGCUAAUUUUCAAGUUAAAUGGCCGAUAUUCCCUAUUAAUAUAUAAUAGUUAAUACACGCUUAUUACUUAUUCCAUUUUCAAAGGAAUAUCAUAAUAUUAAAUUAAUUAUUAUUAUUAAUUUCUUAUACUUUUUAACAGUAAACUUUUUAUAUACUG